CUUCCCUUCCUAUAUCAUUAUGACCUCUUUGAAAAAUCGGCCGUGCCUUGCUGAAGCAACGCCUCUGUUGCCUAAACCACUCACGCCCAAAGAAAAACCUUCAUAUUGGUUCGCCAUCCUAUUGCCGUUUGGUGUGGCCUUCGGCACCGGAGCCCUUUUAGCCCCUCAAUUUCAAUUCUACACUGAAAUAUUCUGCGACAGAUAUUAUGAAGCGAAAGAGGUCACAAACAUGGAUAUCACAGACAUAGAAUUCGUAUUACCGCUCAAAGAUUGUGCUAUACCCGAAAUUCAGGCUAUUGUAUCCCGAGCCUAUGCGGUCAUGACGUUUCUUACAUUUGCCUCCGCUCUUUUAAUGGCAAGUUACUAUGGUUCUUUAUCCGAUCGAAAGGGUCGCAAAUUGGUGCUUUUUAUUUCAGCGCUCGGCAAUAUCACACCAUUGAUCUGCUACAUUGCGACGGCCAAGUAUCAGGAAUACUUUGGUGUAACCUUACUUUACUUGGCGCCAUUGUUGAAAGGCCUCUUGGCAGGUGAGAAUAUUCAAAUGGCCGCCAUUCAAGCUUACAUCUCCGAUUGCACCACACGAAGGCAAAGAACCACUGCCUUUGGUCGCAUGUUGGCUUCUAUCUACAUUGGUGCUACGCUGGGUCCUUCGGUGGCGAGUAUUCUCAUCGAAAAAACGCACAGUAUUCUAGCCGUGUUCUACCUUGCUGUGUUUGUUCACUUUUUAUUUGGUAUUUACACGGCUGUCAUUCCCGAAUCCAAUGAACCUCUGUAUCGGCCAUCUGAAACCAAGAUCCAGGCUGCUCCUUCCCCAUUUUGGAAACGGUUAAAUGUCUUUUCCGCAUUAACCAUCCUGAGUCGCACAGAGAUACGCCAUCUGACACCUUGUGCUUUACCGAUUCUCGGUACGAUCCAAUUCUUGAUGACCGCCGUUGCCAUGCCGCCUACACUGCUGUAUGCGAUGCUGAAAUUCGAUUGGACCGCCGUCGAAGGUGGUGUGUACGUGAGCAUUGCCUCCUUUAGCCGGCUCAUCAUGAUGGCCGCUGUGCUUCCAGCCAUUGCCUUGCUUUUCCAUAAAAAGUCGAUGCGUUCCCGUCGUGAAAGCACCAAAAGCAACCUCUCGUCGUCCUCAACCGGCUCCUCCCCCUCUUCCUCUUCCUCCUCCUCCUCCCUCCUUGUAUCGCCGCCCAAUGAAGAAGAUGUCGAGCACAAUAUGCUUCUCGAUACCUGGAUGAUCCGUGUCGGUGUAGCCACGGAAACUCUUGCCUUACUAUUGUUUGGUCUGGCGACCAACGGUACCUCGUUCACACUCAUCGUGGUUCUUCAAAGCCUGUCACUGCUGGGACAACCUUCUCUCCGUUCUUUACUGACCUCGCUUGUCAAACCCUCCGAAGUGGGACAAGUACUCGGCGCCUCGGCCGUCAUUGAAUCCAUUGGCAUGAUAUUUUGUCAAGUUGUCAUCAACACUCUAUACAGUGCUUCUGUAAGUACCAUGCCAAAUCUCGUGUUUUUCUUUUGCGCUAGUAUUGCUGGCAUUGCUUGCAUUCUGGCGUUCUUGAUCCAUCCUGUCAAGUCAACGACGGAUGAGGAAGCCUAGUGCAUGUGAAAAAGUUACCCUCCUUGAUACUCCUUCAUUUGACACCGUUUUUGUUUGUCAUACGCUUCAUACAUCAUUUUUGCUUUUUGUCUUUUUCCAGUUAAUUAAUUAUUUUCUAUUUGCUUUUCAUUCUUUGAAGUUUACUCCAAACGAUAAAGUUUUUAAUUCUGACAUU